GGUCUAAGCGGCUGUAAAUCUUAUCAUAUAAGUUCUACCCAGCAGUGGGGUUGUUUCAACAUAAGGCACCGGUUCUUUCCGAUCUUAUUUUGGAAAUUAUGUCGUCGGAAGCUGAAGUCGACGCGCUCAAGUACUCGGUAGCAUGCCCUGACUCCCGUCUUUUUCUCUUGUCUGCCCACUAUGUCCUCAGCUUCAGAUGCUAGCUCACUCGCGGUUGUCGAGAAAACUUUUGGCGUCCUCUUCAUCGGUUUUGUGGUCGCGAUGAUAGGCUACGGUUUUACAUUCUUUCAGACAUACCUCUAUUUCAAUAGGUACGACAAAGAUAGUUUCGGAUUGAAGGCAGCUGUGGCCAUACUGUGGACACUGGACACGAUUUCAUCCGGCCUGAUGUCGCAGUCGGUUUAUUAUUAUCUCGUCACGACAUUCCCUUAUGGAACCGAAAUGACAGACGCGACCAAAACCUUCUGUGUUGAAACGCUCCUUUCUGCCCUUUCUAUAUUCAUUGUCCAACUUUUCUACUCAACCCGGGUAUGGAAAUUGGGCGGAGGUGUUUUCUCUGUGUUGCCAAUUUGCCUGUUGGCUACGGUUGGAUUCGGUCUUGAAAUCGCCAUGUCAGCGUUGAUGUUCGCGAGCCCUGAGUUCGAACAUCUCUAUGUCUCUCCCGUCAAACCAAUUGUUGCCGCAGCCCAAGCAGUGGUAUUUUGUGCUUCUAUCUACACCGUGGGGGCUCUCACGUUAUUCUGCCAAUGGGGUGAUAACACGCCCAUACACGGAUGGUUCAAUCAAGUCAAAGCCCUCUGCUUUUCUCAUGGACUUGUGGCAGCAGCAAUGCAGCUAUCGUAUCUCAUCGCGUUUGUCGCGUCGCCCACCUACUUUAUCUGGAUUCCGUUCCAUCUAUUGGCGUCAAAAUUCUUCAUCAACUGUUUGCUCUUUAUGUUGAACUCCCGACAGGCCUACCACGGACAUGGUCUUGACCACGAGGAUAGCAGCACAUCACCCAGCAACUCUCAUAUGGUCACGACGAAGAGAAAGGGCAACGCGGGUGUUCAUUAUAACAUCUCUGACACUCGCACACCCAUCAAUAUUGAAGUGGCUCGUACUGUUGAGCACGCUGUGGAUGAAAGGAAGGCCAAAGCCAGCGGCGAUUCCACUUAUGACGAUGAAUUGUGGUUCUCUCCACUCUUCUCACUACAGCAGACUGAGACUUUCCCCGGCAGACCAGGAUUUGAUUUUCAGAUUCACAAGAACGAGUUCGCCGUGAAGGCCUCUUGA